UUGUAUAUAAUGUGACGGUUGCUAUACACACUUCACACUGCUCAGAAUUUCUCCGGUGGAACGUUCGCUCUGUGACCAUGUUUUGGUUUCGACUGCCGGUGUUUUUCGUUGUAAUCACGGCAGCAGUUCGUCCAUGUGACGGCCUCGGCUUUUCAAACUCAACCGUAAAACUGUAUCUUCUUGGGCUGUUUCCGAUGACGGGUUCAUGGGCCGGUGGACAAGCCGUUCUACCCGCUACGAAGCUUGCCGUGCAAGACAUCAAUGCUAACCCUGAUAUCCUAUCGGGAUAUGAGCUCGUUUUGAUUCCAAAGGACACAUCGUGUGAUGGGGGUGAGGCCACGGAUGUGAUGUACAGAGAGUUAUUCAACAGAUCAACCACUAAGAUAAUGAUACUGGGAGCUGGGUGCUCUAUCGCCACGGAACCUACUGCACAAGCUUCGCACCAUUGGAAUCUUAUUCAGAUAUCGUAUGGAUCAAGUUCUCCAAAGCUCUCAAGCCGUACUUUAUUUCCACGCUUUUUCCGUCUGCUUUCGCCGGAGUCCCUGUACAACAUCGCCAAGCUCGCUAUCUUCCGGGAGUUCAAGUGGAAGAAAGUUGCAACUCUACACCAAUCCGUACCUCUAUUCUCCCUGUCCAUGGCUGACUUUCACUGGGAUGCUAAACAAAGAGGAAUUGACAUCAUUGCAGCAGAAAGCUUUGUUGAUAAUCCUACUGCCCAGGUGGCAAACAUCAAGGAACUGGAAGCUCGCAUUAUAGUUGGUGGUUUCUACAGCCAGAUGGCAAGAAGAGUCUUCUGUGCAGCCUACCAUCAGCAGAUGUUUGGUGCAAAAUAUGUCUGGAUUUUGCCAGGUUGGUUUGAAACCGAGUGGUGGAGGCAACGAGAUGACAGUAUUGAUUGCUCAGUGACUGAGAUGGAUCUAGCCACUGCUAACUACUUCAUGAUAUAUCUGGACACCAUGCCGUCAGAUACCAACAGAAGACCCUCACUAUCCGGUCUGACAACCAGUGGUUUCCUGCAGAAGUUCAAAGAGAUUGCAGGAACUGAUGAUGUGGAAUCGCUAUCUGGUCACACACAUAUGACUCUGGGUUAUGACACUGUAUGGGCAGCAGCACUAACUCUACAUCGAGCCCAAGCUCGCCUACAAGAAUUAGAUCCUCCAUUGACUCUGAAGGACUUCUCAUACGACAGUGGUACUGUGAAGAUAUUCUUUCAGAUCCUAAGAAACUUGACAUUUGAAGGCGUCUCGGGACCUGUAAAAUUCACCUCAUCCGGGGACAGGCUUGGCCUUCUUCUGCUUCGACAACUACAAGCUGGUAAACGUGUACCCAUCGGUCUACUAGACCCAACCAUCGGAUCUGGAGAAGACAUCAUCUGGGAUGGAUACCAACCAAUAAUCUGGAAAGGUGGAGCGCCCCCUAUUGACUUCAUAAUAGCAAAGGAUGAUUAUCGCACUAUACAUUUCCCAGUGUUUAUAACUGGCACCGCCUUUGCAGUGUUGGGAAUAAUCUUGGCUAGCUGCUUUCUAGCAUUCAACGUCUACUUCAGAAAGAUGCGUGUGAUAAAGAUGUCAAGUCCAAACAUCAACAACCUAAUGCUGGUUGGUGGAAUGAUGGCUUAUAUCUCCAUUGUUCUACUAGGGGUAGACACAGGCAUCGCCUCGGAGGAGGUAUUCAUUGGCAUGUGCAAGGCCAAGACAUGGUGUCUCUCCAUUGGGUUUUCCUUAGCCUUCGGUUCCAUGUUCAGCAAGACCUGGAGAGUGCAUAAAAUAUUCACCAACAAAACGGCCAUGAAAACGGUCUUGAAAGAUGCACGGUUAAUGACCUCAGUCGCUACACUUGUCCUUCUAGAUGUUGUCAUCUUGAUCUUGUGGGAAAUAUUUGAUCCAGUGACUGCAGAGAAACGGCUUGGGGAAAAAGUGUUUGAUGAAGAAAAUGAUGACAUUGCUUACACACCAAUCCACACGAUGUGCCAGUCAGCCAAUCUGAUCUACUGGAUUGGGGCCUUUUACGUCAUCAAUGGUUUACUUCUAGUAUUUGGAGCUUUCCUAGCCUGGGAGACCAGAAAAGUAUCCAUCCCGGCACUCAAUGACUCCAAAUACAUUGGUAUUUGUGUUUACAACAUUCUGAUUUUAUCUUUCAUCGGUGCCCCAGUCUCCUUCAUCCUGGAAGACCCAAACAUCCACUUUGCAUUAAUCGCAACCCUCAUCUGGCUGGCAACUACACUGACACUGUGCGUGGUGUUUGGACCAAAGAUAAAAAUGAGAAAUGAUAUUCGACCCGCCCAGAACACAAUGGUCUCAGCAAUGACACAUGACAUGCAGAGUAGGGCUGCAGUAGACUCGCAAAAAGAGAUUAACCUUCUCCGUCAGGAAGUUAAGAUUCUGAGGAAGAGAUGUAAAGAGGGUUCAGAGGAAUUGAGAGAGCAAAGUAUGGCCGCAUGCUCAUCAGCCACCACUGCUUCUGAAGCUGUGGAAAAAACCUCAAAACUUGCACCAGACUCGAUAAAUGAUAACAAAUAGUUAGUUGGGUCAAUAAACAAGUCUCCACAACCGGGGCUUGAUACUUUGCAAAGGGCAACAGAGACAAUUGACUUGAUGCCUUUGAAAAUGUUCCAGCACAAAGUGAAGUUGUCCUUAAAGAGGUGCCCUUAUACUAAGUUAAACAUAACAGGCGUAUUACUUGGGUGGGUUCCAACCCACGACCGUUCCAAUUCUAGACGAGUGUCAUACCAACUAGACCACUGAGAUUGCCUGGUAGCUAGAGAUAGUUCGAAUCCUAUGUUAAAUAGCAGAAGACACUGCAAAUGGUUUAAUAGAUGUUUAAUUUGCAUUGGGGAUAAACAAUGUUUAUUUUAGUUUUACCCAUGUACACAGAUGUGUGUUUUUUGUAGCACUGUACUCAGUACUUUCCCCGAGUUCUGUGAAAAAAAUUUGCUUGGGUGGGAUUUCGGUUACCAGAAUAUCUGAUAGGUGUUGUGCCAUCCUGCUCAUUUUGCUAAGCAGAAAAUUGUCAAGCAAUGUUUUCUGCUAAUGCAGUUCUUAUAAAGAUCAUACACACAAGCACAAUUUCAUGGUGACAAAACACAACAUAAAUAUUCUUACCAGAAAGGUUUACAGACUAAAUACUUUUGGUAUAGACUUAUUCUGGUAAGCAUGCUUUUGUUUUGCUUAUCUAUUUUUGUGCUUUAGUAUGCAGCCCUACAAAAGUGGACCCCAUGCAGGUCAAAAAGUUCAGUUUCUGUGACAAUGUAUUUUACUGGAACAAUUAGUGGCAAUUGUGUAUGCCUGUUCUUAAAGGCAGUGGACACUAUUUGUAAUUACUCAAAAUAUUUAUUAGCAUAAUACCUUACUUGGUAACAAGU